AUAGCUGGCUUCAUUAUAUUGGGUUUACGCCUCCAAGUUUGUUAUCGCCGAGAAAAUCAACAAACGAAGAAAUGGCCGCCGAGGAAGGACAAGUCAUCGCCCCCAACUCCGUCGACGAAUGGAAGCAGCUUUUCCAAAAAGGCGUCGAAUCUAAGAAACUCGUUGUUGUUGAUUUCACUGCUUCAUGGUGUGGACCUUGUCGUUUCAUCGCCCCUAUUUUGGCUGAGAUUGCCAAGAAGACACCACAAAUCAUCGUUGCCAAAGUUGAUGUGGAUGAUCUCAAGCCUGUGGCGGCAGAAUACGGAGUUGAGGCCAUGCCGACCUUCGUGUUCCUUAAAGAAGGAAAGGAAAUUGACAGGGUUGUUGGUGCAAGAAAGGAAGAAUUGCAGGCAACAAUCAAUAAACAUGCAACUGUUGUUGCUUAAACAUAGCUGUGGCUUUUGCUUUUCUGCGAAAUGUGUUUACUCAUAUUUAAUUGAGCCUUCAAUAUGUGCUUGAACCUUGCAUCAGGAAUUAUCCAUCUCUUUUAUGUGUCACUUCUUGUUAAUCAAGUGAAGGAUCGAUUUAUUUUAAUAAGAAUUCCCUUUUCUUUUUCUUCAA